AAAGGUGACAGGGUCCCCUUCUACACACCGAAUUGACCUUCUACUAACACAGAACUCCAGGAAGAGCUGCUGUCACAUAUGUACUUCGCUUGAUCUGUGAACUCUGAGAAUAGGUGCAGCCACAUCUCGUCCAUAGCCGACAUGAUCCAAAUGCUGGGCUUCGCCAUCAUCGCUGGACUGCUCUUCAGCUCUGACAUCGAUGCACAGAUUACUGGGAAUCCAGUAAAUCCCUGCUACUACCCUACUCACAUUCAGUGCUGGACAGACUGGUUUGACAGGGACGACCCCACUGGGACCGGAGACUUUGAGACCCUGGUGGAUCUACGCUCUGAGAACCUUGGAAAGAUCUGUCCCAGUCCUGUACAGAUUGAGGUCACCACCAUCAGUGGAGUGAGUCACACUGCAACAGGGAACGUAUUUGCAGCGGUUGACACGACCACAGGUUUCAUCUGUAAAAACAAGGACCAGCCGCCCAAAACGCCCUGUCAGGACUACCGUGUUCGUUUCAGAUGCUACCCACCAUUUUGUGGAGACGUAGUGUGCUGGAGCAAGUGGUACGAUCGCGACGACCCUAGUGGGACAGGGGACUGGGAGCUCCUCGGUGAUAUGCAGAAAGAAUAUCCUGGAUCCAUCUGUGCUAAUCCCUUUUACAUAGAGAGCGUUACCGUGGACACCAGCACCACUGCCAUUGCAACUGGGCAGAUUUUCUACAUCUACAAUCCGACCCGGGGCUUUGUCUGUCGCAAUGCAGACCAGAAAGGUGGUGGUUCCUGUCGUGAUUACAAAGUGAGGUUUGGGUGCCCUUGUGAUUGCUAAUUCAAACUGAAAACGACUGGAAGAAAUGUUUGGCUAAAAAUGGAGAUUGAGACUUCCUAGUACACAACCAUGUACAGUUUUCUAAUCUGAUCAACUAGAGCUCUGGUUUUAAAUGUUUAAUUGUAAUUCUGGCUUCCAUGGUUUCUGUAAGAAUUAUUUGUGGAAAUAAAAGUACUCAUCUCAA